AUGUCGAGGGACAAGACCGUGUCUAUCUCCAUUCUCGGCAACGCCCACCCCGACAAGGCCAUUCCUAUGGGCCGCGGUUGUUUGGGCUCCCACACGGCGGCCACGAAAGAGCGACUCGUGUUCUGCCUCGACCGCGCGGCGCCUCGACACGCGCCUUUGCCCGAGGACUGCGAGCCCGAAGCCCGAGAUGAUGGGCGGGCGUGGCUGCCUCUCACGGCCCAGCAAGCCGCGGUCUACGGGUGGGAUCGCUUUAAGGACGACCCCGCAGCGGCGAUUCGCGCUGGGCUCCAGGUCGACGAUCGCUCUCAGCCUGCGCCGUGCGAGGGCGGCCUCGUCAUCCAGGGGCCUCCCGGCGGCUGCGUCGUCUCGUUCCCUGACGGCCGCCAGAGUCGAUUGCGGUACUUGUGCCGUCCAGACGGCGGGCUCGUCGCCGCCGAGUACUGCGUCUCCUCGCGUUGGAAUCUGCCUGACCCCGCGGACCGCAUCAGGGCGGCGGCUCGGCGCAUUGCUGAACUAUUCAAUGAUAAGCCGCGCGCCGUGCUCGAGUUCGAGGGCCGCGCCAAAUUCGCGGGCCCCCUGGCUGUCCUGGAGUACGGCGGGGGCGCCCCUCUGCCCGAGGGCCGCGACGUCGUGCUGAUCACGGAGGACCGCGUGGAGACGGCGUGGCGCUUGGUGAACACAAGCCUCCUCCUUCGGGAGGCCUGGCGCGCGGCGCCCCCCGUUGAGGAUGACUUGGCCGCGCCCGGUCUCGGCCUCGCGGAUGCUAUCCGCGGCGACUACCAGCCUGGCCUGUACGCGACUGCGCUGCCGACGCAGCUUCUGCCAUUCCCCGCGCCCGAGCUCGCGGGCGGCGCCGGCGGCAGCCCCGCCGAUCCUCUCCCCCCGGCAGACGACGAGGAGGAUGGGGCAGAAUUGGCUUCGCGCGGCGACGGCGCAGGGGGGGGCCCCCGCGGCGCGCCGCCGGGGCGCGCUGGAAGCGAGGGCUCGCAGCCUGCGGAGAGCCCGCGCUCGCCGAGGCCGGAGGGGGAGGAGGGGGGGCAGGAGGCCGCCCUCGCCGACCUCGCGAGAGCCCGCGCCGAGGGCGAGGGGCAGCCGCCCCAGCAGCAGCAGCGCCAGGCGCCCCCUCUGGCGGCCGCUGCCUCCCCGCCCGCGGCCGCUGCCAGCGCCCCCGCGCCGGGCACUGGAGAGGAGACGGCGCCUUCGCCGCUCGCGGCCCCGCUCUGCUGGGGGGGCGUGGACACGGAGGCGAACUUCGACAAGGUGGGGCUGGGCCCUAACAGUGGCAUGAUAUUUUCCGUUGACCCCGGCGCGACGACUCCCUUCUUGGACAGGGCCUUCGUCCGCCAGUGCUUGCUUUCUGGCGCCGCUCGGGCCAAGUUGGGAAGCCUGGUGGGCAACUAUUCUGUGGCCAGCUGCGACCCGGGCGAGGGCGCGGAGAACGCUGCCCGCAAGCGCAAGAAGCGC